AUGAACGGAUUGCUCCUCCUAACCACUCCCAUCAACCUUCACCAGCUCAAGGAGCGCUAUGGUUCUGUGUUCACUGUCUACCUGGGGCACCGGAGGAUCGUGGUACUGUGUGGUUAUGACGCUAUAAAGGAGGCUUUGGUGGACCAGGCUGAGGAAUUCAGUGGGCGAGGAGAGCUGGCCACCUUUGACUGGCUCUUCAAAGGCUAUGGAGUGGUGUUCAGCAAAGGAGAGCGCUCCAAGCAGCUCAGGCGCUUCUCCAUCACCACACUGCGGGACUUCGGCGUGGGCAGGCAAGGCAUUGAGGAGCACAUCAAGGAGGAGGCAGGCUUCCUCAUUGAGACCUUCUGUGGCACUCAUGGUGCCUUCAUAGAUCCCACCUACUUCCUGAGCCGCAGCGUCUCCAAUGUCAUCAGCUCCAUAGUCUUCGGAGACCGCUUUGACUAUGAGGACAAAGAGUUCCUGUCACUGCUGCGUAUGAUGCUGGGAAGCUUCCAGUUCACAGCCUCCCCACACCCGCAGCUCUAUGAGAUGUUCUACCCAGUGAUGAAACAUCUACCAGGACCACAGCAACAGGCCUUUAAGGACCUGCAGGGACUCGAGGACUUCAUAGCUAAAAAGGUGGAACAGAACCAGUGCACACUGGACCCGAACUCCCCACGGAACUUCAUCGAUUCCUUCCUCAUCCGAAUGCAGGAGGAGAAGAAGAACCCCCACACUGAGUUCUAUCAGAAGAACUUGGUGCUGACCACGCUGAACCUCUUCUUUGCCGGCACGGAGACCAUCAGCACAACCCUGCGCUAUGGCUUCCUGCUUCUCAUGAAGCACCCAGAUGUGGAAGCCAAGGUGCAUGAGGAGAUUGACCGAGUGAUUGGCAAGAACCGUCAGCCCAAGUUUGAGGACCGGGCCAAGAUGCCCUACACAGAGGCAGUGAUCCACGAGAUACAAAGAUUCGGAGACAUGAUUCCCAUGGGUCUGGCCCGCUGCGUCACCAAGGACACCAAGUUUCAGGACUUCCUCAUCCCCAAGGGCACCGAAGUGUUCCCUAUGCUGGGCUCUGUGCUGAGAGACACCAAGUUCUUCUCCAACCCCCGAGAUUUCAACCCCCAGCACUUCCUGGAUGAGAAAGGGCAGUUUAAGAAGAAUGAUGCCUUUGUGCCCUUCUCCAUCGGAAAGCGGUACUGUUUCGGGGAAGGUCUGGCUAGAAUGGAGCUCUUUCUCUUCCUCACCACCAUCUUGCAGAACUUCAGCUUCAAGUCUCCACAGUUGCCCAAGGACAUCGACAUCUCCCCUAAAAGCGUGGGUUUUGCCACUAUCCCACGAACCUAUACCAUGAGUUUCCAGCCCCGUUGA